CACCGUCUCGCACUCUUUUAUAAACUCUCCCCUCUCUCACUCACCCUCCUCUUUUCUCUUCUUCCCAUCCACCGUCAGCCCCGCGCUCCCCACACGCCAGGCCAUCCACCCCGCCAUAGCGCAAAGGAUUGCGGCCCAGGCAACGCGGACGACGGCUGGGUCCGUGUGACGGGUCGCGCGACACCCACACCCCGAGGGGAACAAGUCCUACACGACGUCGCAAGACGACGACGACGACGGCGCUCUCGAGUCUGCUGCUGCCUGCUGCUGCUGCAGACACUGACACGGCCUCGUAACCAUGUUCUUCCUUCGUCAGCUCACGCACACCAUCCUUCUCCACCCAUCCUACUUUGGAGCCCAGCUCGAGGAGUACCUCCGGCAAAAGCUCUACGAGGAUGUCGAGGGCACGUGUAGCGGAAAAUAUGGCUACAUCAUCUCGGUCGUGACGAUCAACGACAUUGGCGAGGGCAAGAUCAUGCCCUCGACUGGCCAGGCCAAGUUCAAGUGCUCGUACACUGCCAUUGUCAUGAAGCCUUUCAAGGGCGAGGUCGUCGACGGCAAGGUCCUCAACGUGAACAAGAUGGGCUUCUUUGCCAUGGUCGGCCCUUUGCAAGUCUUUGUUUCGUCACAUCUGGUUCACGCCGACAUGAAGUUUGACCCCAACGCAAGUCCCCAGUGCUACCGCUCCAACGAUGAGGUGAUCCAAAAGGACACUCGAGUACGCAUGGAGAUUGUUGGAUGUAGGAUAGAGGCAAACGACAUUUUUGCCAUUGGAACAAUCAAGAAGGACUACCUGGGCCAGAUCCAAGAGUAGACGCGCGCUGUUCUCGACACAAUUCGGGUCAUUAGAGGGCGAUUCUGAGGCGGCGACAUACCUACUCGCGCCCAGAAGACAGCAUAGUAUUGUAUACCCCAUCAUCACUACCAUUCAUCAGACAGCCCCAGGGGUUUGAUUAGUACAACGAAGAGAGAAGACAAUGUAGCAGUCAACAUUUGACGGG